AUGAGCGCAUACACCAGCCCUGAGUCGAAGGGUACUUCGCCCACGCAAGAAGAUCGCUUCGGACAUCAUGGUGAGAGCCUAGCUGACACAGCAGCCGACGACUCGGCCAUUUAUCCCAAGGGCACCUUAGAUCCAGUAUACGAAGCCAAGGCGCGCGUUCUCAACCGAGCUAUUCUAGACAUUGGGAUGGGAUGGUAUCAAUGGCAGCUUUUUAUUGUCGUUGGUUUCGGUUGGGCUGCCGACAACCUCUGGCCCAUUGUGACAUCACUUAUCUUCACACCCAUCACCAACGAGUUCGGACCCUCCCGGCCACCUCUCCUUACCCUCGCCCAGAACAUUGGCCUGCUUGCCGGUGCCAUGUUCUGGGGGUUUGGGUGCGAUAUCUUUGGCCGGCGUCAUGCCUUCAACUGCACCCUGGGCCUGACAGCCUUCUGGGGCCUUGUUGCCGGCGGUGCCAAUAAUUUUGCCGCCAUCGGCAGUUUCGCAGCGCUUUGGUCGUUCGGUGUUGGCGGAAACUUACCUGUCGACUCAGCCAUCUUUCUUGAAUUUCUGCCUGGCACCCACCAGUAUCUCUUGACCAUUCUCUCUAUCGAUUGGGCUAUUGCUCAAGUUGUUGCGAAUCUCGUCGCCUGGCCGUUGUUGGGAAAUCUGACAUGCCAACAAGAUACUGUUUGUCGUAAGAGAGACAACAUGGGGUGGCGAUGGUUUACCAUCACCAUGGGCGGGAUCACAGCUGUCAUGUUCCUGGUUCGUUUUGCCGCCUUCAAGAUUUUUGAGUCGCCAAAGUACCUCAUGGGCAAAGGACGUGAUGAGGAUGCCGUCCGUAUCGUUCACGAAGUCGCGCGGCGCAACAACAAGACAACGUCUCUAACACUGGCCGAUCUGAAGGCUUGUGAACCCGAGGGUUAUGUUGCUCAGACCAAUGUCUCUGCUGCGGCCAAGAGAUAUGCUGCAAAGCUCAACUUUAGCCACAUUCGUGUUCUCUUCUCGACACGCAAGCUAGGGCUCAGUACUGGCCUCAUCAUGGCCGUCUGGGCGCUCAUUGGCCUUGGCUACCCGCUGUACAACGCCUUCCUGCCCUUCAUCCAGGCCACGCGGGGCGCCGAUUUUGGUGACGGCAGUACCUACAUCACCUACCGCAACAGCUUGAUCAUAUCAUCUCUCGGCGUUCCUGGCGCAUUGCUCGGAGGCUGGCUUGUGGAGCGAAAGGUCAUUGGUCGCAAGGGCACUCUGUCCUUGUUCACCGUGUUGACAGGCGUCUUUUUGUACUGCUCGACGACGGCGGUAACGAGCAAUGCACUCCUGGGCUGGAAUUGCGCAUUCAACUUCUGCAGUAACGUCAUGUAUGCUGUGCUCUACGGAUUCACACCAGAGCUUUUCCCUACACCCCAACGCGGCACGGGCAAUGCUUUGACGGCAACUUGCAAUCGCAUUUUCGGCAUCAUGGCUCCUAUCAUCGCCAUGUUCGCCAACCUUGAGACGUCGGCUCCCGUGUACACAAGUGGUGCUCUGUUCAUCGCUGCCGGUCUUCUUGUACUGCUGAUGCCGUUUGAGUCACGGGGAAGGGCGGCAUUAUAGAGAAUGCCUUUGUUCUCGGAGGCUUCCGCAAAAUGCCGUCAUUCCGUGAUAGCUUUCCUUAUUGCCUUGGCCUUGAUUACACACUUUGCUUCUUGUCUCUUGGCCCCGACUUGGGAAGGGCCCACGCAGACUGGUUGAGAAGGCAGGGGAAAGUGCCCACGCAGCAAGCAGGGUGACGUUUGCCCUUCAUUUUCACGAACAGUCGCUUCGCCCUACCCCUGCAAAGAUAUGAUCGCGAGAUUAUCUCGAUGACGGUUUUCCCGCUCAGAAGUGACCUGCCUAGCUGGGAUCAAGAACCGUGGAGACGGGGAGAGCGCGAUGGAGAUGAUGCGUCUGGACAAGAUAAGGCCCUCGGAUGGCCCUUAACAUUAGGUACGUUGGAUGUCGGCGGUACCAUCGGAGCCCGUGCUUUCUUGGCAACCGGCUAGUGGCUUUCUUCAACAAAACCAGUUUCCCGACUGCUGUGCAUUCGUGGGAGACAAGAAACAAGAAGAGCGAUCUCGGGAUACCGAAUACCUAGAACCACUCUGGACGGCUCGCUGCUGGCACUCAUGAGUGCCGACCUAGGUACCAAAGUAGGUAGGUACCGUAGGUAGGUAAAGACCCCAAGGCACGCUGAGGUCACAGCGCCCCACACUAUCCCCCGCUUUCCCCUCAGCUGCUGCUGCUGAGCUGCCUCAUUCAGUUUCGUUGCCAAUGCUGUGCUACGCCUUCAAUCGUAAAGUGACUGAUGAUCCCACCCUCCCAGUGUCCAACUCUCGCAUAGAUCGCUGCCCUUGACGAUCAAGCUGCCCACUUCGUGUAUUAGAAAGAUGUCGUUGCAUAAUGGAUCUUUCUUUUCGGCCCUAAAGAGGCCAAGGCGGCUCCCGAGGUCGUCGCCGACAAUACA